AUGCCUCCUCGAUUGCUGCUUGGAGUACCGCAAGCUCUGUCCUCGCGAUCUGCGGUAGUUGUGCGAGCGCGCCUCAAUCGGAGGUUUGCCUCGAGCUCCGCAAAUGCGCCAGAAGUCUACGAUGUGGUUUGUGUAGGCGGUGGUCCGGCAGGGUUGAGCUUGUUGGCGGGACUGAAGUCAUCGCCUGUCACGAGGGGACUGAAAGUUGCUCUCAUUGAAGGGCAAGAUGUUCAGAAAAGCCGGUUGUCGAAAGAUGCAAGCCUCGAAAGCUUCUCGAACAGAUGUAGCUCCCUGACACCAGCGUCUGUGAAGAACCUGCAAGAGAUUGGAGCAUGGCCGCAUGUGAACACAACUCGAGUGCAGCCCUACCAGGAGAUGCAGGUGUGGGAUGGCGUAACGGACGCACGCAUAUCCUUCGACUGGGAUACAGCGCGCCCACUCUUUUCUCCUCGAAAUCCCGCGCAACCGACUACAAUCGCAUACAUGAUCGAGAACACCAACACCGUCACGAUGCUGCUGAACCGAUUGGAAGAACUCGGGGGCGUCGACAUGUUCGCUUCCACUAAAGUGAGCUCGAUUGAGCUGGGCACCGACAUGGAGCAGAUGGACUUCGCAUCGUGGCCCAUUCUUACACUAUCGAAUGGCAAAUCACUGGCAGCUAGGCUACUUGUAGGCGCAGAUGGUGCAAACAGCCCCGUUCGGACCUUUGCCGGCAUUGAAUCUCGGGGUUUCGACUACAACCGCUUUGGUGUAGUAGCUAGCUUGACCAUUGAAGGCCAGGGUUGGGGUGGACCGGAUCACAAGAUCGCAUAUCAGCGUUUUCUGCCUUCAGGACCCUUGGCAUUGCUACCUCUACCAGGGAAUAAGUCCACCCUUGUGUGGAGCACAACACCAGAGCGCGCUGCUAGGCUCAAGGCACUGUCACCAGAAGACUUUGUUGCUAUGGUCAAUGCAGGCUUCAGGCUGUCGCCGACUGACCUCGAGUACUUGCACACUCUCGAAUCGGGACAAGCAGAAGAGGUGGCAUGGCGAGAGAAGCAUACACCUGUCAACGAACGAGGGAUACCGAUGCGCGUCACCAACGUCGAAGCAGGCACCGUUGCUGGCUUCCCUCUCCGCAUGCGCCAUGCCGACACGUACACCGGCGAGCGAGUUGCGCUUGUUGGCGACGCAGCGCACACCAUUCAUCCGCUCGCAGGGCAAGGUCUGAACCAGGGUCAGGGCGACGCAGCAGCUCUGGCACGGACAAUCUCGCGCGCGGUACGGACCGGUCAAGAUAUUGGCUCGACGUUGGCAUUGGAGAGCUACAACAGCGAGCGGUAUGCAGAGAACAACGCCAUGCUGGGCGUAUGCGACAAGCUCCACCGCCUAUACAGCGUUGAGUCAGGGCCGAUCGUAGGACUGCGAAGUUUGGGGCUGAGGGCAGUGGAUGCCAUGGGGCCGCUGAAGAGCUUUUUCAUGAGCAGAGCCGCGGGAGGCUCGUAA